AUGUCGCAAAAACUCUCCGUCAACGAGUCCACCAGCUUCUCAACUCAACCAGCUACUCAAACACAACUUACUACCGCUCUCGUCGAUGCUGGAAGCAUUCAAACCAUUCAAACUGCCUUGCUCCACGAACUACAGGCUUCAGGAUGGGCCACAAAUCUCAAAAACCACGUUACCCAACUCAUGCGAUCUGGCGAGUGUACCAAGUACGAUGACUUGAUGGACCGCAUUCUGGAGGAAGCUUUGGCGGAUUCGGGUAGUGCUGCCAAAGAUGGCAGUCCUUCAUUAGCCAUUCCCGAUCAAGCAAUUACUCAGGCUGUCAAGGUCGUCAAGAAGGAGCUGGACAAGAUCUGUCAAGUCGACACCGCUUGA